UAAACUAAUGUCAUAGUAUGGUGACCGAAGGGUGGUUUUGUGUCUUUGAACAGGAAGUUGAUGUUAUUUUGCGAUCUGAUUGGAUGGGGCUCACACUGUGCUGCUGGCUGAAGGACGGCGGUCCUAAAAAACACCAUAAAUCCCGAUCAGCAUUCUGUCAGUUUUCUGUAGCCCCACCCAUUCGCCUGGCGGUGCUGUUAGACACGCCCCCCGUCGCCCCUGGAAACCCGCGGUCGCAGUGGAGCCCCACCCACCUGUCGACCAAUCUGAAGGUGUGUCCAUCAGGGGGGCGUGUCUCUCGCGCCCGUGUGGAGCAGAGCAGCGAUGCGGUCCGUGGCGCGGUCGGCACGGCGACGGGGCUCCAUAUAUGGGAGGUGCUGUGGGAGGAGCAACAGAGAGGAAGCCACGCCCUACUGGGUGUGUCCACACACAAAUGCACCCUUCAGGCCUCAGGCUACACGGUGUUAAUAGGCGGAGACUCCUGUUCCUGGGGCUGGGAGCUCUCGACCAAUCAGCUGUGGCAUGAUGGGAAGGCGGGGAGGCGGUACCCUGGGGGCGGAGUCAGGGGCGUCUUAAGUGUUCCAGAUCGUGUGUUAGUGGUGGUGGACGCAGACGCAGGGACGCUGGGAUACGUGGUGGACGACUGCUAUCUGGGCGUCGCCUUCCAGGACCUCCCCAAAGGGGCGGAGCUUUUCCCUGCAGUGAGCUGUGUUUGGGGAGGGGCUCAAAUCUGCCUACGCUACCUGUGUGGCAUGACACGAGACCCACCUGCUCUGGAGGCUCUGAGCCGUUUAUCUGUGCGGGGGGCCCUCGGAGGGGCCGGGCCCCGGGGCCGCAUGCUGUCGGUCCCGUCUGCUCUACAGCGCCUCCUGCUGGACACACACACUGCAGAGGAAGAGCAGUGACACUGCACUACACUACAUACCUUCAUUUACUUUAUUUUUGUUAUUAUUAGUUUUUCUAAUGCAUGUUAAAAUUGCAGAUGUGUUCAGAUUGUCACUCAGAAUCAAACUGCACGACUAAAUCUAGUCAUAAAAGAACUGUGUGAAGAUGGUAUAUUCUCUAAGUCCCUUUCCUCUUGUUUUUCUUAACCUGUAUGUAUGUAUAGAGAUAUAUAUAGUGAAUAUUAUAUUAAUACUUAAACACACAUAUAUAUAUAUAUGCUUAAAUUUAUAACUGAAGAAGUCCUGUUUUUUAUUUCAUAUGUAUUUAUUGAUAUAUAAUGUAUAUUUUAAUAUAUAAAAUGAUCUAUCUUUUUGCAACUUUUACAUUUAGUCAUGUAGCAGAUGCUUGUCUCCAAAGAGACUUACAGAUGAAGACAAUGCCACUGUUUCUCUGUGAAGCUGCUCUGAAAUAAUAUGUAUUGUAUAAAAGCUCUAUUUUAAUAAAUGUGA